CCCGUGCAAGCUUCAGAGUGUUGUCAGCAGCCUGCAGCUUAUUUCUGGGUGUGGGGCUCACCGACACCAUAUAGAGGUUGGAAACACUGUGGAAAGACAGAGCUACAGGAGUCUGGUCGAGAUCUUAUCUCAAGGGGUAGCAAUUAGGUUAAAAAAGAAUAAAAAAUAAAAAAGCCAAUACACUGAUCCCUUAAGAGGAAUUAAAGACGGUCUGAUGGGAGGAACACCCAGUUUCUUCUCGAGGAAAGCAUAUGUGAGCAGUCGGAGCCUGUGUAGCAGGAGCAGAGGCUGUGUUUAAGCAGCAGCUAUUUUGCUACUUGCCUGGGAAACGUCAGUAGAUGGACUUUGGUUUCAGUGCUUUGAAGAUUUCCGGUGGUUUUGGAUGUUGGAAUACAAGCAGUGAUCCCUUCUUUUUCACAAACUUUCCUGAUUAAAAAUGAGUGAAGAACCAAAGGAGAAAAAUGUAAAGCCUGCUCAUAGGAAGAGGAAAGGAAAAAAGUCGGAUGCUAAUGCAAGCUAUUUACGAGCAGCACGAGCCGGGAAUUUAGAAAAGGCCCUCGACUACUUGAAAAAUGGAGUCGACAUCAACAUUUGCAAUCAGAAUGGGUUGAAUGCCCUCCAUCUUGCUUCCAAAGAAGGGCACGUCGAAGUUGUUUCCGAACUGAUCCAGCGAGAGGCCAAUGUGGAUGCCGCCACCAAGAAAGGAAAUACAGCCUUGCACAUAGCAUCUCUGGCUGGACAGACAGAAGUAGUGAAAGUUUUGGCUACCAAUGGGGCCAACGUCAAUGCACAAUCUCAGAAUGGGUUUACUCCAUUGUAUAUGGCAGCCCAGGAAAAUCACUUGGAAGUUGUCAAGUUUCUCCUGGACAAUGGUGCAAGUCAGAGCCUGGCUACAGAGGAUGGAUUCACACCUUUGGCUGUUGCUUUGCAACAAGGCCAUGACCAAGUGGUGUCAUUGUUGCUUGAAAAUGAUACAAAAGGAAAAGUCCGUCUUCCAGCUCUUCACAUUGCUGCUCGAAAGGAUGACACCAAAGCAGCCGCACUGCUUCUGCAGAAUGACCAUAAUGCAGAUGUGGAAUCCAAGAUGGUGGUGAAUAGGACAACAGAGAGUGGCUUCACUCCUCUCCACAUAGCUGCUCACUAUGGAAAUAUCAAUGUAGCUACGUUGCUGUUAAACCGAGGUGCGGCUGUGGACUUCACGGCACGGAAUGAUAUCACACCUUUGCACGUGGCAUCUAAGAGAGGAAAUGCCAAUAUGGUAAAACUACUGCUUGAUCGAGGAGCUAAAAUUGAUGCCAAAACGAGGGAUGGGCUUACUCCACUCCACUGUGGCGCUAGAAGUGGACAUGAACAGGUUGUGGAAAUGCUACUUGAUCGAGCUGCUCCUAUCCUUUCUAAAACGAAGAAUGGCUUGUCUCCACUGCACAUGGCGACACAAGGGGAUCAUCUAAACUGUGUCCAGCUUCUCCUUCAACAUAAUGUGCCUGUUGAUGAUGUCACCAAUGACUAUUUGACUGCACUGCAUGUGGCCGCCCACUGUGGUCACUACAAAGUUGCCAAGGUUCUUUUGGACAAGAAAGCUAAUCCGAAUGCCAAAGCGCUGAAUGGUUUUACACCUCUUCAUAUCGCCUGUAAGAAGAACCGAAUUAAAGUUAUGGAGCUUCUACUGAAACAUGGUGCAUCUAUCCAAGCGGUCACUGAGUCGGGUCUCACUCCAAUCCAUGUUGCUGCCUUUAUGGGACAUGUAAAUAUAGUAUCACAACUUAUGCAUCAUGGAGCGUCACCAAAUACUACUAAUGUGAGAGGAGAAACUGCACUUCAUAUGGCAGCCAGAGCCGGCCAAGCAGAAGUUGUGCGGUACCUGGUACAAAAUGGAGCCCAGGUGGAAGCGAAAGCAAAGGAUGACCAAACACCACUGCAUAUUUCGGCGCGGCUGGGGAAAGCUGAGAUAGUCCAGCAGCUGCUACAGCAAGGAGCAUCCCCAGAUGCAGCCACUUCUUCCGGGUACACUCCACUUCACCUUUCCGCACGGGAGGGCCACGAAGAUGUAGCUUCAGUUCUUCUGGAGCAUGGGGCCUCUCUAGCCAUAACGACAAAGAAAGGGUUUACCCCACUUCAUGUGGCAGCCAAGUAUGGAAAAAUUGAAGUAGCCAACCUCCUCCUUCAGAAAAGUGCAUCCCCAGAUGCUGCUGGAAAGAGUGGAUUAACUCCACUGCAUGUAGCCGCCCACUACGAUAACCAGAAAGUGGCCCUUCUACUCUUGGACCAAGGAGCUUCACCUCACGCGGCUGCGAAGAAUGGCUACACACCACUACACAUAGCUGCCAAGAAAAACCAGAUGGACAUAGCAACAACGCUGCUGGAAUACGGAGCAGACGCCAACGCGGUUACCAGGCAAGGGAUUGCUUCGGUCCACCUCGCGGCCCAGGAGGGGCACGUGGACAUGGUGUCCCUUCUCCUCACCAGAAAUGCCAACGUGAACCUUAGCAAUAAGAGCGGACUGACCCCACUGCACCUGGCCGCCCAGGAAGACCGAGUGAAUGUGGCAGAAGUCCUGGUGAAUCAAGGAGCUGUCGUCGAUUCCCAGACCAAGAUGGGGUACACACCAUUGCAUGUGGGUUGCCACUAUGGAAACAUAAAGAUUGUUAAUUUCCUGCUGCAACAUUUUGCAAAAGUGAAUGCCAAAACAAAGAAUGGUUACACUCCUCUACACCAAGCUGCCCAGCAGGGACACACCCAUAUCAUAAAUGUCUUGCUCCAGAACCAUGCUGCCCCCAAUGAACUCACUGUGAAUGGGAACACUGCCCUUGCCAUUGCCCGGAGGCUGGGCUACAUUUCAGUGGUUGACACAUUAAAAGUUGUGACUGAAGAGACCAUGACUACAAUUACUGUCACGGAGAAACAUAAAAUGAACGUGCCAGAAACAAUGAAUGAAGUUCUUGAUAUGUCGGAUGAUGAAGUUCGUAAAGCCAAUGCCCCUGAAAUGCUCAGUGAUGGUGAAUAUAUGUCAGAUGUUGAAGAAGGUGAAGAUGCCAUGACGGGUGACACGGACAAAUAUCUUGGGCCACAGGACCUGAAAGAGCUGGGAGAUGAUUCCCUGCCCGCAGAAGGAUACAUGGGCUUUAGUUUAGGCGCUCGCUCUGCCAGUCCUAAGAUCAGCCUCCGCUCCUUCAGUUCGGAUAGGUCCUACACCUUGAACCGAAGCUCCUACGCACGAGACAGCAUGAUGAUCGAAGAACUACUUGUCCCAACAAAGGACCCGCAUCUGACAUUUACGAGGGAAUUCGAUUCAGAUUCUCUUCGACAUUACAGCUGGGCCGCUGACACCUUGGAUAAUGUGAACCUGGUCUCAAGUCCUAUCCACUCUGGCUAUUCGUCUCCACUACCCCAGUAUGAUUCAAGGUUUCUGGUUAGCUUCAUGGUGGACGCCCGCGGAGGAGCCAUGAGAGGGAGCCGUCAUCACGGAAUGAGAAUUAUUAUUCCCCCACGCAAGUGUACUGCUCCGACUCGCAUCACCUGCCGUUUGGUAAAGAGGCACAAACUAGCCCACCCACCCCCCAUGGUGGAAGGAGAAGGAUUGGCUAGCCGGCUGGUAGAGAUGGGUCCUGCUGGGGCACAGUUUUUAGGUAAACUGCACCUUCCUACCAAUCCUCCUCCUCUAAACGAGGGUGAGAGCUUGAUUAGCCGAAUCCUGCAGCUUGGGCCUCAAGGAACAAAAUUUAUUGGCCCUGUUAUAGUUGAAAUCCCUCAUUUUGGAUCUAUGCGAGGAAAAGAGAGAGAACUCAUUGUACUUCGAAGUGAAAAUGGUGAAACUUGGAAAGAACAUCAGUAUGACAGCAAACAGGAAGACUUAAAUGAAUUACUUAAUGGCAUGGAUGAAGAACUGGACAGCCCUGAAGAACUUGGAAAAAAGCGCAUCUGUAGGAUUAUCACCAAGGAUUUUCCCCAGUAUUUUGCGGUGGUUUCUCGGAUUAAGCAGGAGAGUAAUCAGAUUGGUCCAGAAGGAGGCCUCUUGAGUAGCACAACAGUACCCCUUGUGCAAGCAUCUUUCCCAGAGGGUGCUUUAACCAAAAGAAUCCGUGUGGGUCUCCAGGCCCAGCCUGUUCCUGAUGAAAUUGUGAAAAAAAUCCUUGGAAAUAAGGCAACAUUUAGUCCAAUUGUCACUGUGGAGCCACGAAGGAGGAAGUUUCAUAAACCAAUAACUAUGACCAUCCCCGUGCCACCACCUUCAGGAGAGGGAACAACCAAUGGUUUCAAAGGAGAGAUCACACCUAGUUUGCGACUUCUGUGUAGUAUUACAGGGGGAACUUCACCUGCUCAGUGGGAAGACAUCACCGGAACCACCCCACUCACCUUCAUAAAGGACAGUGUCUCUUUCACAACCAAUGUUUCAGCCAGGUUUUGGCUUGCUGACUGCCAUCAGGUUUUGGAAACUGUGGGGUUAGCCACUCAACUUUACCGAGAACUAAUAUGUGUUCCCUACAUGGCCAAGUUUGUUGUUUUUGCCAAAACCAACGAUCCAGUGGAAUCUUCCUUGCGUUGCUUUUGCAUGACAGAUGAUAAAGUGGACAAGACCUUAGAGCAGCAAGAGAACUUUGAAGAAGUUGCAAGAAGCAAAGAUAUUGAGGUCCUAGAAGGAAAGCCGAUUUAUGUCGACUGCUAUGGAAAUCUGGCUCCUCUGACAAAAGGAGGACAGCAGCUUGUUUUUAACUUUUAUGCUUUCAAAGAAAACAGACUGCCAUUUUCCAUUAAGAUUAGAGACAGCAGCCAAGAGCCUUGUGGUCGUUUAUCAUUCCUGAAAGAACCAAAGACUACAAAAGGACUAUCUCAAGCAGCAGUUUGCAACUUAAAUAUUACCCUGCCAGCACAUAAAAAGGAAACAGAGUCAGAUCAAGAUGAUGAGACGGAGAAAACAGAUCGACGUCAGAGUUUUGCAUCUCUGGCUUUACGUAAGCGCUACAGCUAUUUGACUGAGCCUGGAAUGAAAACAGUUGAACGGAGUGCAGGAGCCACAAGAUCCCUCCCUGCUACUUAUUCAUACAAGCCAUUUUUUUCUACGCGACCCUAUCAGUCAUGGACAACAGCUCCAAUUACAGUGCCUGGGCAAACCAAAUCAGGCUUCACUUCCCUAUCAAGCUCUUCCUCUAAUACUCCAUCAGCUUCUCCGUUGAAAUCAAUAUGGUCCGUUUCUUCUGCUUCUCCCAUCAAAUCCACCCUAGGAGCUUCCACAACAUCUUCGGUCAAAUCUGUCAGUGACGUGGCCUCUCCCAUUAGGUCGUUUCGGACCAUGUCUUCGCCAAUCAAAACAGUCGUGUCGCAGCCCCCCUACAGUAUCCAAGUUUCCCCCAGCUCACUCAUAAGAGCCCCCACGGUCACGGUCCCGGAGACUACUGCACUAAAAGGCCUGGCGUCCACUUCGACGUUUCCCUCUCGAACCUCUCCGGUGACUACAGCCGGCUCGCUCUUGGAGAGGUCGUCCAUUACCAUGACCCCUCCAGCCUCGCCCAAAACAAACAUCAACAUGUACUCUUCAAGCCUGCCGUUUAAGUCGAUCAUUACAUCGGCAGCUCCGCUCAUAUCUUCGCCUUUGAAGUCAGUGGUAUCUCCCUCGAAACCUGCAGUUGACACCACCUCAUCGACUAAGUUCAUGAUGGCCCCUUCUCUCUCGUCUCCUGGGAAGCAUGUGGCUGGACAUGCAGAAGUACCAUUAGUUAAUGGAUCGGUUUCGCCUUUGAAAUACCCUUCGGCUUCAGCUUUAAUUAACGGCUCCAAAGCCGCGGCCUCUGCCACAUUUCAAGAAAAGAUCUCCGCGGUUACCAACUCCGCAAAUGGGGUGCUGAACGCCGCCAGUGAUUCGGUUGAGAGAGUGUUUUCUACCACACCCCCCAUCCAGUUUUCCCCCCUCAGGUCAUUUGUGUCUGCAACGCCGUCAGCGUUUCCAUCCAUAAGGACUCCUGCAAGUGCCCUCUACACAUCCCUGGGGUCAACUCUCUCUGCAACUACCUCAUCGGUCACCUCAUCGACGAUCACAGUGCCCGUAUACUCUGUGGUCAACGUGUUGUCAGAACCAGCAAUGAAGAAGCUUCCCGACUCUUCUUCACUUACGAAAUCAGCAGCUGCUUUGUUGUCCCCCAUUAAAACACUGACUCCCGAAACCCGCGCUCAACCCCACUUCAGUCGAACAUCCUCGCCCGUCAAAUCGCCUUUGUUCCUCACACCCUCCGCCCUCAAGUUGUCCACGCCGUCAUCUUUGUCAUCCAGUCAGGAGAUACUGAAAGAUGUUGCUGAAAUGAAGGAGGAUCUGAUCAGGAUGACUGCAAUACUGCAAACGGAUGUGGCAGAAGACAAGCCGUUCCAACCUGAAAUGACAAAGGAGGGGCGGAUUGAUGAUGAGGAACCUUUUAAAAUCGUGGAGAAAGUAAAGGAAGACUUAGUCAAAGUCAGUGAGAUCCUGAAAAAGGAUGUGUGUGUAGAAAAUAAAGGAGCGGCUAAAGCCUCAAUAAGCGACCAGGGCCACUCGCCUGACGAAGACUGGGUAGAAUUUACUUCAGAGGAAAUCAGAGAAGCGAGGCAGCAAGUUGCUGCGGGCCAGGCCUCACCUGGGACAGAAAAAGUUCAACUAAAAGCAAAGGCCACGCCUGAGAAAGAUUACAACUUGACAAAAGUCCUAGAUUACUUGACCAACGAUAUUGGGAGUAGUAGCUCAUUGACCAACUUGAAGUACAAGUUUGAGGAUGGAAAGAAAGAUGGCGAGGAGAGACAGAAGAGAAUUUUGAAACCAGCCAUUGCCUUGCAAGAACAUAAGCUCAAAAUGCCUCCAGCCUCCAUGAGGCCUUCCACUUCAGAAAAAGAAUUAUGUAAAAUUGCCGAUUCCUUUUUCGGAACCGACACGAUCUUAGAGUCACCAGAUGAUUUUUCUCAACAUGACCAGGACAAAAGUCCCUUGUCUGACAGUGGCUUUGAAACGAGGAGUGAAAAGACGCCUUCCGCCCCUCAGAGCGCCGAGAGCACAGGCCCGAAACCACUGUUUCAGGAAGUUCCCAUCCCUCCUGUCAUCACAGAAACAAGAACCGAAGUCGUGCACGUGAUCCGGAGCUACGAACCCUCCUCGGGAGAGAUCCCCGGCCCCCAGCCCGAGGAACCGCACUCCCCCAAACCAACACCGGCUUUUGCGGAAGUGGAGGCGAAGCCCGCUGGGUCCAGUAUCAAAGAAAAGGUUAAGGCCUUCCAGCUGAAAGCCAGCAGUGAAGAAGAUGACCAUAACCGGGUCCUGGGCAAAGGUGUCCGUGUGAAAGAAGAAACUCACAUCACCACUACCACCAGGAUGGUGUAUCGUUCGCCGCCAGGCGGCGAGAGUUCCUCCGAACGAAUCGAAGAAACGAUGUCUGUCCAUGAUAUCAUGAAAGCCUUUCAGUCUGGACGGGACCCUUCCAAAGAACUGGCAGGUCUGUUUGAGCAUAAAUCUUCCGUGUCACCGGAUGUUCACAAGGCUGCUGCCGAAACGUCGCCACAGCAUGCAGAGAGGGUCAGCAAAACGAAACCUAAACUGGAACGUAGAAUAGAGGUCCACAUCGAAAAAGGUAACCAGGCUGAGCCUACCGAAGUCAUUAUUAGAGAGACCAAAAAGCAUCCCGAGAAGGAGAUGUAUGUGUAUCAGAAAGACUUAUCUCGGGGAGAUGUUAACCUAAAAGAUUUUCUGCCCGAAAAACACGACGGUUACCCUGGUUCUGAUGACCAGGGCCUACAGCAGGAGGAAGAAGAACUGACAGUCGAAGAGUCCCUUCCUUCCUACCUGGAAUCUUCUAGAGUAAACACUCCUGUAUCCCAGGAAGAGGAUAGUCGCCCUAGUUCUGCGCAACUCAUUUCUGAUGACUCCUACAAAACGCUGAAACUUUUGAGUCAACACUCAAUAGAAUACCAUGACGAUGAGUUGUCAGAACUAAGAGGGGAGUCGUACAGGUUUGCCGAGAAAAUGCUUCUGUCAGAGAAGCUAGACGUGUCUCAUUCCGACCCCGAGGAGUCGGUGACCGAUCCCGCAGGACCCCUUAGUGCAGAAUUCUCGGGGUCGGACAGGCGAUCCAGAGAAAAAGUAGCCGCUGCCCCCAAGAGAGAAAUUCUCCCCAAAAUCUAUAAAGAUGUGUCCGAAAAUGGGAUAGGUAAGAUGUCUAAAGAUGAGCAUUACGAUAAAGUGACAGUGUUGCACUACACUGGAGAUAUUAGCAGUCCAAAGCAAGCUAUGUGGAUGCGGUUCACGGAGGACAGAUUAGACAGAGGUAGAGAGAAGUUGCUUUACGAAGACAGGGUGGACAGGACGGUGAAGGAGGCUGAAGAAAAAUUGACCGAAGUGUCACAGUUUUUUCGGGACAAAACGGAGAAGCUGAACGAUGAGCUGCAAUCCCCAGAGAAGAAGCCUCACCCAAGGAACGGCAAGGAAAUGCAUCCCUCUCCCAGCUCGGCGAGCAGCAGCCCUGAGAAGGGACUGCUGACCGAGUUCCUGGCGUCGAACGAUGACUGGUUCAAAACUCGGCCGCCUGGGCAGGAGGGAAAGGGCUUCCCUAGAGCAGAGGAGAGGAGGGCGGCCAGCGUGCCCAGCAGUCCGGAAAAGAGGGUUCCGUCGAACCAGGCCGAGGGCGGCAGACCUCCCCCGGUUGCCCGGGGGAGCCCCGCCAUACCGAGCAAGGGGGCCGAAGGGUCGCAGUCUGGAUUUCAGCUCCAACAGUCAAAGCUAAAUUCCAUCCGGUUAAAAUUUGAGCAGAGCAUUCACCCGAAGGUGAGAACCGUGCCGCAGGAUGAAAGGAAGCUGGAUGGUGAGUCCAAGAGUCAAUUGAAAAAAAUUCAGGACAGUAAGCUGCCCGUCUACCAGGUCUACCCACGAGAAAAGCAGGAGAAGCCCUUAGAUCUUGCAGAUGGCAACGGCUAUUUGCACAGAGAAGUUCCCAUAACGAAAGCAAAGGAGGAUCAGGCCCACAACAUCGAAGUGGCCACAGAUGGCAUUUGUUCCACAGAUGGACAGAAACCGAGACCUGAAAUGCCAACUAAAACGGUGCCUGAAUAUUUUUCUGAGCAACGGGCUAUAGAUUUGGCAUACAGUGUGAGCUCUGACCUGACCACUAAGGGACCGUGGGACAAAAAGAUCUUUAGGACAUGGGAAAGCCCUGGAGCUCCUAACCAUAAAACACAGAAAGAAAAACUCUCUCACGUCCUGGUUCAAGACGUCGUAAAAGAAAACUAUGUGGCCCACCCCGAGAAAAUGGGCAUGGACCAGAAAAGUGAAUUCAUCUCUGUGACGGAGAGGGAGCACAGAUUGCUCACAAAUGGGUCUCAUUCUGAAAUGAAAGAAGUGACUGUAAAAUCACCAUCGAAAAAGGUUUUGUACAGAGAGUUCGUUGUUAAGGAAGGGGAGUGCACCGUCGAAACGAUGGACAAAACUUCCAAGAGGAAAGAAGGCCCCGCUGUGUCACACAUACCAGUCAGAAUUGCUGACGAGAGAAGAAUGUUGCCACCGGACGGUCCUGAAGGGGUCUGUGAGCAGCCCAAAUUUUCGAAACAAGAGCUGUCGCCCAAAGCACCCCCAUCGAGCACGGGGAGAGAGAAAACGGAGACACAGCCGUUCCAUUCUGUGGAAGAUGAGAAAAUUAGAUAUUCAGAGAUCAGUAAAAUGUCCAAACAUCAGAGUUAUGUAGGGCUGUGUCCUGCUCUUGAUGAGAUUGAGACGUCCCCUAGCAAAUCUCCUGAUUCCUUAGAAUUUAGUCCAGGAAAGGAAUCGCCCCUGAGUGAGUUGUUUGACCCUAGCCCCAUUGAUGGCCUGGACAAAGUUGCGCCUUUAGCCCAGACAGAAGGAGGGAAAGAAAUAAAGACUUUACCCGUCUAUGUCAGUUUUGUCCAAGUAGGAAAGCAAUAUGAAAAAGAGGUGCAACAAGGAAACGUAAAAAAAAUCAUAAGCCAGGAAUGUAAGACGGUCCAAGAGACCAGGGGAACCUUCUAUACCACUAGACAGCAAAAGCAGCCUCCUUCUUCUCCCCAAGGUAGUCCAGAAGACGAUACUCUAGAACAAGUAUCCUUUCUGGACAGUUCUGGGAAAAGCCCUCUGACCCCAGAAACACCCAGCUCAGAGGAAGUGAGUUACGAGUUCACAUCUAAGACCCCGGACUCACUGAUAGCUUACAUCCCGGGCAAACCGAGUCCAAUUCCUGAGGUGUCAGAGGAAUCUGAGGAGGAAGAGCAGGCCAGGUCAUCCUCCACAAAGCAAACCACAGUGGAGGAAGCCACGGCCAUUGAGAAAGAAACACCCAGCAGCACCAGCAAAGACGCCGGCAAAAGACCAAAAGGAAACAGGGUCGCCUAUAUUGAAUUUCCACCCCCUCCGCCGUUAGACGCAGACCAGGCUGAAUCAGAAAAGAAACAGCGCUUUUCCCCAGAGAAGGAGAUGGAAAUGAUCGAGGUCAACCUGCAGGACGAGCUGGACAAGUACCAGCUGGCUGAGCCGGUCAUCAGAGUGCAGCCACCUUCUCCCAUUCCCCCGGGCGCGGACAUGAGUGACUCAAGUGACGAUGAAUCCAUCUACCAACCGGCCCCAGUUAAAAAGUACACCUUCAAGUUAAAGGAAUUGGAAGAUGACCAGAAAGAAACCUCAAAAUCUAAAACCUCCGGGAAGACUCCUGGCCAGAAAGACUUGGCGAGCCACAGCCCUGGAAAGGAUAAUGAAUUUGAUCUCGAUUCACCGCAGAAUGAGGUGGCUCAGAAUGGGAACAACGACCAGUCCAUCACUGAGUGUUCUAUCGCAACCACUGCAGAAUUUUCGCAUGAUACAGAUGCGACAGAAAUCGACUCUCUGGAUGGAUACGACCUUCAAGACGAAGACGAUGGCUUGACCGAGAGCGAUUCCAAACUCCCCGGCCAAGUGGUUGAGUUAAAAAAAGAUGUCUGGAACACAGAGGGCAUCUUAAAGCCAACGGAUCGCUCUUUUAGCCAAAGUAAACUUGAAGUUAUUGAGGAAGAAGGAAAGGUUGGGCUUGAAGAAGAUAAGCCACCCAUCAGAGGCUCAGCGCCUGAAAAGACUUCAGAUAAGACGGAUCCAAAGGCAGGGGCCCAGUUUUUCACCUUAGAAGGCAGACAUCCCGACAGAUCGCUGUUCCCCGAUACUUACUUCAGUUACAAAGUGGACGAAGAAUUUGCGACCCCGUUUAAAACCGUGGCGACCAAAAGCCUAGAUUUUGAUCCUUGGUCCAAUGGCAGAGGCGAUGAUGACGUAUUUGAGAGCAAGUCACGGGAAGAUGAGUCCAAACCGUUCGGUCUGGCGGUUGAAGACAGAUCUCAAGCCACGACACCCGACACCACUCCAGCCAGAACGCCCACUGAUGAAAGCACCCCCACUAGCGAGCCCAACCCCUUCCCAUUUCACGAAGGCAAGAUGUUUGAGAUGACCCGCAGUGGCGCAAUUGACAUGAGCAAGAGGGAUUUUGUUGAAGAGAGGCUCCAAUUUUUCCAGAUUGGUGAGCAUACUUCUGAAGGGAAGUCAGGGGACCAGGGGGAAGGGGUUAAGAAUCCAGUCCCGGUCACCUCCCAGCCACAGUCAGGGGGCAGUGCUGUAGAAACAAGCCUAGAGAGGAAUGUAGAGGCCCCGGAGGUGGAACCCAAGCCCAGUCUCCAGACCAGCGGAGAGUGUCAGGAAACGGCGCUCAAUAGUAGCUCCCUGGAGAAGUCGUCUGCAACGGCGAACACGGCCAAAGUCGACUCCAAGUCACGCACUCCGAUAAAAAUGGGGAUUUCGGCUUCCACCAUGACCAUGAAGAAAGACGGGCCCGCAGAAGAGACAGAUAAGAUAGACGCUGGCAUGUCCAGUUGUCAGGGAUUAUUAGAGAAUGACAAUCUGACAGCGAUUUCAAGUUCAGCAACUAGCCAGAAAGGCUUUAGGGCCAAAGAAACGCAUGCUUUUCAAAAAGAUAAUUUUAAUAACAACAACAAUUUGGAUUCUUCCACUCUCCCUACUGAAAAUAGUACCAGUAAUUUAGUGCUAAAAGAACCUCCUGAACCCUCUUGUACCACAGAAGCAGCUAAACCAGAGAAAAGCUCUUCAGGAAAAAGCCCAGGGUCACAGCCACAGCCAGGCUCACAGUGUAUCAGAGCUGAGCAGAAAGUACCUGGAGAGCAACAGAAGCCAAAAGAGCCCAUAGGGAUUAGGCCAAAAUCCAAACUGCCCAUAAAAGCCACUUCGUCAAAGGAUGUCUCCCCACAAAGUAGCGUUCCAAACAUGGCAGUGAGUAAAGUGAGACAGCCUCAUGGCAGGCCCGAGAACACCAAAACAUGUCCUGCUUCUCCAUGUCUAGAAAUGAAGUCCAAGAUUCCAGUUAAAGACACACUCAGGGAAAAUCUAGCCCUAGCUAGAAAAACGUGCACCAUGCAGAAGCAAGGACAGCUAGAGAAAGGCAGGGUCAAGCAACUUCCUUCCAAAUUGCCAGUCAAGGUAAGAGCCACCUGUAUUACCACCACAACAGUGAAAGUGAGGAAAAACCAGCUUAGGGAGGUAUGUAAGCAUUCAAUUGAAUAUUUUAAGGGCAUUAGCGGUGAGACGUUAAAACUCGUGGACCGUCUGUCGGAGGAAGAGGAAAAGAUGCAGCUGGAGGCGUCUGGUGAUGAAGACGGUACAUCGAGAAAUGCGCUGUUGUCGGAAGCUCCUCGGCUCGGGCCGCCCUCCGUUCCUUCGAAGCUCGCUAGAGAUAAGAGAACAGAGGCAGCAACUUUAAAAUCAAAGAUUGAAAAGGUCGACAGGAGCAGUAAGAGGACUGGUCCUCAGAGUCCAUGUGAAAGGACAGAUAUAAGGAUGGCAAUAGUAGCCGAUCACUUGGGGCUUAGUUGGACAGAACUCGCAAGGGAACUGAAUUUUUCGGUGGAUGAAAUCAAUCAGAUCCGUGUAGAAAAUCCAAACUCUCUAAUUGCCCAGAGCUUCAUGUUAUUAAAAAAAUGGGUUACCAGAGAUGGAAAAAAUGCCACAACUGAUGCCUUAACUUCUGUAUUGACAAAAAUUAAUCGAAUAGAUAUAGUGACCCUGCUGGAAGGACCAAUAUUUGAUUAUGGAAAUAUUUCAGGCACCAGAAGUUUUGCAGAUGAAAACAAUGGUUUUCAUGAUACUGUUGAUGGUUGGCAGAACGAAGCAUCUAGUGACAAUACAGAAUCACCACCACCCCUGGGAUGCAAAAUGAUUGGUGGCAUACUCGAGCGACUAGAUGACAGCCCUGACCAAUGUAGGGAAUCUAUUACCUCAUAUCUUAAAGGAGAAGUUGGAAAAUUUGAAGCCAAUGGAAAUCACUCCGAAGGUACUCCAGAAGGAAAGACUAAAUCUCAUGUUACAGAUUCACAAAAUGAUGUAGGGAAACAGAAAGAUAGAGAGACCCUGAAACCAAAAACACAAGGUCCCAUUCGUGUUGAAGAACAAACGUUAUCACUAGCAGCCUACCAGAAGUCUGUGGAAGAGAUGGGCAAGCCAGCAACAGAAGAGCCUAAAACCUCUGUGCCUGUCAGUGGGAAAAAGAUGAAUAGGACUUCUCCCGGAGAUGGAAAGCCAAGGCUUACCCUCCAGGGGGAGGAGGGAGCAGGAAUAUCUGACCAUAAGCAGGGAGAAGGCUAUAAGGUGAAGACAAAAAAAGAAAUCAGACACGUGGAGAAGAAGAGUUAUUCGUAACAGCCUAACAGUGAAUGGACUGUGAGCUCUUACUGCCAGGAUUCUAGAAAGCCGUGUAUGGAAGAAAAAAGAUCACCAAGAAUUGAAAAUUCACUGAUGUGUGUGUGAGAGAGAGAGCGAGAGUGUGUGUGUGUUUGCUGCUUCCACACAUUAACCGCAUGGUUUUUAUGCGAAAAAGAAAAAAAAACCCAAAAAAUUUUAAUUUAGCAUGAGCCAACAUUCAGAGCAUGGAAAUUCACCUUCAUUCCGGGAUUAGAGAGUGUGCAAAUAACAAUGCAGUGUACAUACAAGAUGCCAUACUGUUAAAAGUUAUCUCAAGCAAUUUGAUGUCACCACAAAUGAAAUAAGUUCCUGUGGCCGAAUGGGACAGCAGGAGAUGAAAUGGUUAAACCAUGGACAGACACAAAAGAUACUAAAUCCACAACAGCUCGCCUUAUUUUUCUUGGACCCAAACUGUCAGGAUAUAAACACUCUAUGUUUCUUUUUUAAACAUCAAUAGUUUUGCUGUAAAUAAAUAACAAUGUAUAAAUUCUAACAGAAAAUAGAAUAAAUGUUGAUAAGGCACUGCCUCUUAGAACACAAACAGAAUAUUGCAAACGCAUUUAACAGGAUAGUAUCUCAAGUGGCCUCACCUACAGGGAUAUUCUGGGUAUAUCUUCACUGAUUCUUGUAUAUUAGCAAUUAUAAUGUUUGUAUAUGCAAAAGUGCUGGCUUGAUUUUAAAAAAAAUCUUUAAAAUCUGCUGCAAAUUUAAAUGAUUCCCAAAAUGAGGAAUUCUGUAGUUCUGUGAAAAUUUUUCUUCAGAUACUAAUAUUUUGAUGCAUGAGUUUCACCUUAUUUUGAUUAAAUCUUUUCCAAUUUUGCAAACACUACAGUAUACCGCACCACAAAAGAUAAGAUUUUAUCUGUAAACACAAAGCCCUUCAUCUAAUAUUUGUUGCCGUUGCCAAUUUUUUUCAAUGAAAUGACCUAAAAUAAAAAAAUAACCUAUACAGUAGUUGCAUUGGGGGUGGGGGGUGGGGGGCUAACUGUUUUUGCUUAUCCGGGGGGAUGCUUGCAGCUUUAGAGUUGGGUCAGGGCCCUUUAGAGGCACAAGUCUGGGAUAUUUCAAAAUGAACCGAACAGAAAUUUUUAGCCGAUAGAUUGGCAGCACGCUGUAAAAUUAUUACUGUAUUGUGUCCUGGCUAUAAGAUGUAGAAUCUUGGAGUAAGCCAAUCAUCUGUAACCAUUCUAGCAGUUGUAAUAUUAGGUUGUUAAGGCUGCUGUGUUUUAAAGGGCAUUUUUAUUUGGGUUUUGGUGAGAUACUUUAAUUUGUUGAUUAUAUUCAUCUGAAAGAAGCAUUCAUUGACAAUAGCUCUAAUGACAUAUGUAUGAAAAGAACAAAAACACUGGAUGAUCUAGUUGAUUAUUUAAGCAUAAAAUAAAUUGUUUUAAAACUCUUC